CUCAUAAAGCGGUCCCUCCCUGCCCUGCUCCCGCCCCCACGCAGCCCGCCCUCCGGACCGUCCAGCUCCCGAGCGCCCGCGCCCAGCCGCCCGGCCGCCAGCCGCCAGCCGCGGAGCCCAGCGCGGGGAGGGCGCGAAUCUGCGCCCAGGAGGAAGAGGAUGGCGGGGCCGCGGCCCAGCCCAUGGACCAGGCUGCUGCUGGCAGCCCUGCUGAGCGUCAGCGUCCCUGGGGACAUGGCCAACCGCUGCCGGAAGGCCCAGGUGAAGAGCUGCACCGAGUGCAUCCGAGUGGACAAGGACUGCGCCUACUGCACCGACCAGACGUUCAAGGACCGGCGCUGCAACACGCAGGCGGAGCUGCUGGCCGCGGGCUGCCGGCUGGAGAGCGUGGUGGUCAUGGAGAGCAGCUUCGAGAUCACAGAGGAGACCCAGAUUGACACCACCCUGCGCCGCAGCCAGGUGUCCCCCCAGGCGCUGCAGGUCCUCCUGCGGCCUGGCGAGGAGCGGCACUUCGAGCUGGAGGUGUUCGAGCCGCUGGAGAGCCCCGUGGACCUGUACAUCCUCAUGGACUUCUCCAACUCCAUGUCCGACGAUCUGGACAACCUCAAGCAGAUGGGGGAGCACCUGGCCCGGGUCCUCAGCCGGCUCACCAGCGACUACACUAUUGGAUUUGGCAAGUUUGUGGACAAAGUCAGCGUCCCCCAGACAGACAUGAGGCCGGAGAAGCUGAAGGAGCCCUGGCCCCACAGCGACGCCCCCUUCUCCUUCAAGAACGUCAUCAGCCUGACGGACGACGUGACCGAGUUCCGGAGGAAGCUGCAGCAAGAGCGCAUCUCGGGCAACCUGGACGCCCCGGAAGGCGGCUUCGACGCCAUCCUGCAGACAGCCGUGUGCACGAGGGACAUCGGCUGGCGCCCUGACAGCACCCACCUGCUGGUGUUCUCCACCGAGUCCGCCUUCCACUAUGAGGCCGACGGUGCCAACGUGCUGGCUGGCAUCUUGAAGCGAAAUGACGAGGAGUGCCACCUGGACGCCACAGGCACCUACACCCAGUACAAGACACAGGACUACCCGUCUGUGCCCACCCUGGUGCGCCUGCUGGCCAAACACAACAUUAUCCCCAUCUUCGCCGUCACCAACUACUCCUACAGCUACUACGAGAAGCUGCACAAGUACUUCCCCGUGUCCUCGCUGGGCGUGCUGCAGGAAGACUCAUCCAACAUCGUGGAACUGCUGCAGGAGGCCUUCAACCGCAUUCACUCCAACCUGGACAUCCGGGCCCUGGACAGCCCCCGCGGCCUGCGGACAGAGGUCACCUCCAAGAUGUUCCAGAAGACGGAGACAGGGUCCUUUCACAUCCGGCGAGGAGAAGUGGGCACCUACCAAGUUCAGCUUCGGGCCAUCGAGGACGUGGACGGGACGCACGUGUGCCAGCUGCCAGAACAUGACAGGAAGGGCAACAUCCACCUGAAGCCCUCCUUCUCCGACGGCCUCCGGAUGGACGUGGGCAUCGUCUGUGACCUGUGCGCCUGCGAGCUGCAAAAAGAGGUGGGCUCACCCCAGUGCAGCGGCAACGGAGACUUCAUGUGCGGACACUGUGUGUGCUACGAGGGCUGGAGUGGCAAGACCUGCAGCUGCUCCACGGGCUCCCUGAGUGACAUCCAGCCCUGCCUGCGGGAGGGAGAGGACAAGCCAUGCUCCGGGCGCGGCGAGUGCCAGUGCGGGCGCUGCGUGUGCUACGGCGAAGGCCGCUACGAGGGCCAGUUCUGCGAGUACGACAACUUCCAGUGCCCACGCACCUCCGGGUUCCUCUGCAACGACCGGGGACGCUGCUCCAUGGGCCGGUGUGAGUGCGAGCCUGGCUGGACAGGCUUGAGCUGUGACUGCCCUCUCAGCAAUGCCACCUGCAUCGACAGCAAUGGGGGCAUCUGCAAUGGGCGUGGCCGCUGCGAGUGUGGCCGGUGCCACUGCGACCAGGGGUCCCUCUACACAGACACCACCUGCGAGAUCAACUACUCGGCGGUCCGCCUGGGCCUCUGUGAGGACCUGCGCUCCUGCGUGCAGUGCCAGGCCUGGGGCACGGGUGAGAAGAGGGGGCGCACCUGCGAGGAGUGCAGCUUCAAGGUCAAGAUGGUGGAUGAGCUGAAGAACGCGGAGGAGGUGGUGGAGCACUGCUCCUUCCGGGACGAGGAGGACGACUGUAACUACAGCUACACCGUGGAGGGCGAUGGCACGCCCGGGCCCAACAGCACCGUCCUGGUGCACAGGAAGAAGGACUGCCCUCCCGGCUCCUUCUGGUGGCUCAUCCCCCUGCUCAUCUUCCUCCUGCUGCUCCUGGCGCUGCUGCUGCUGCUCUGCUGGAAGUACUGUGCCUGCUGCAAGGCCUGCCUGGCCCUUCUCCCCUGCUGCAACCGAGGCCACAUCGUGGGCUUCAAGGAGGACCACUACAUGCUGCGGGAGAGCCUGAUGGCCUCGGACCACCUGGACACGCCCAUGCUGCGCAACGGCAACUUCAAGGGCAUCGACAGGGUCCGCUGGAAGGUCACCAACAACGUGCAGCGGCCGGGCUUUGCCACCCACGCUGCCAGCACCAACCCCACGGAGCUGGUGCCCUACGGGCUGUCCCUGCGCCUCGCCCGCCUCUGCACCGAGAACCUGCUGAAGCCUGACACCCGGGAAUGUGGCCAGCUGCGCCAGGAGGUGGAGGAGAACCUGAACGAGGUGUACAGACAGAUCGCAGGCUCGCACAAGCUCCAGCAGACCAAGUUCCGGCAGCAGCCCAACGCCGGGAAAAAGCAGGACCACACCAUUGUGGACACGGUGCUGAUGGCUCCCCGCUCGGCCAAGCAGGCCCUGCUGAAGCUGACGGAGAAGCAGGUGGCGCAGCGGGCCUUCCACGAGCUCAAGGUGGCCCCGGGGUACUACACCCUCACUGCGGACCAGGACGCCCGGGGCAUGGUGGAGUUCCAGGAGGGCGUGGAGCUGGUGGACGUCCGGGUGCCCCUCUUCAUCCGGCCGGAGGACGACGAUGAGAAGCAGCUGCUGGUGGAGGCCCUCAAUGUGCCCAUGGGCACCGCCACCCUCGGCCGCCGCCUGGUGAACAUCACCAUCAUCAAGGAGCAAGCCAACGGGAUAGUGUCCUUUGAGCAGCCUGAGUACCUGGUCAGCGGCGGGGAGCAAGUGGCCCGCAUUCCCGUCGUCCGGCGCAUCCUGGACAACGGCAAGUCCCAGGUCUCCUACCGCACACAGGACAACACGGCACAGGGCAACCGGGACUACAUCCCCGCGGAGGGCGAGCUGCUGUUCCAGCCCGGGGAGACCUGGAAGGAGCUGCAGGUGAAGCUCCUGGAGCUGCAGGAGGUGGACUCGCUCCUGCGGAGCCGCCAGGUCCGCCGCUUCCACAUCCAACUCAGCAACCCCAAGUUCGGGGCACGCCUGGGCCAGCCCCACUCGGCCACGGUCGUCAUCGGGGACCGAGACGAACUGGACCUGACCUUCCAGAACCAGACCCAGUCUGCAUUCCCAGUCUCCCACAGCGUCCUUGGCGCCCCACAGAACCCCAACGCCAAAGCCGCCGGCUCUCGGAAGAUCCACUUCAACUGGCUGCCCCCUCCUGGCAAACCAACAGGGUACAGGGUGAGGUACUGGAUCCAGGGGGACUCCGACUCGGAAGCCCACGUGCUGGAGAGCAAGGUGCCCUCGGUGGAGCUCACCAACCUGUACCCGUACUGCGACUACGAGAUGAAGGUGUGCGCCUUCGGCACGCAGGGCGACGGCCCCUACAGCUCCCUGGUGUCCUGCCGCACCCACCAGGAAGUACCCAACGAGCCAGGGCGUCUGGCUUUCAACGUCGUCUCCUCCACGGUGACCCAGCUGAGCUGGGCUGAGCCCUCCGAGACCAACGGCGAGAUCACGGCCUACGAGGUCUGCUACGGCCUGGUCAACGAGGACAACCGACCCAUCGGGCCCAUGAAGAAGGUGCUGGUGGACACCCCCAAGAAGCGGAUGCUGCUCAUUGAGAACCUGCGGGAGUCCCAGCCCUACCGUUACACGGUGAAGGCGCGCAACGGGGCGGGCUGGGGGCCCGAGCGGGAGGCCAUCAUCAACCUGGCCACCCAGCCCAAGCGGCCCAUGUCCAUCCCCAUCAUCCCCGACAUCCCCAUCGUGGACGCACAGGGCGGGGAAGACUAUGAGGGCUUCCUCAUGUACAGCGACGACGUCCUCCGCUCCCCAUCGGGCAGCCAGAGGCCCAGUGUCUCCGACGACACAGGCGGCCGCUGGAAGUUCGAGGCCCUGCUGGGGGAGGAGCUGGACCUGCGGCGCGUCACGUGGCGGCUGCCCCCGGAGGUCAUCCCGCGCCUGUCCGCCAGCAGCGGGCGGUCCUCCGACGCCACCGAGCUGCCCCGCGGGCCCCCGGACGACAGCGCCGAAGGGGGCGCUGGGGGAGCCGUGGGGGAGGGCGGAGAGCACCUGGUCAAUGGACGGAUGGACUUUGCCUUCCCGGGCAGCGCCAACUCCCUGCACAGGAUGGCCACGACCAACGCCUCCUACGGCACCCACCUGAGCCCGCACCUGCCCCACCGCGUGCUGAGCACCUCCUCCACCCUCACCAGGGACUACCACUCGCUGACCCGCACGGAGCACUCGGGCACGCUGCCCAGGGACUACUCCACCCUCACCUCCCUCUCCUCGCAGAGCCUCCCUCCCAUCUGGGAAGACGGGAGGAGCAGGCUUCCGCUGUCUUGGACCUUGGGGUCCUGGAGUCGGGCUCAGAUGAAGGGGUUCCCCCCUUCCAGGGACUCACCAGACUCUAUAAUCCUGGCUGCGCAGCCAGCAGCGCCCCCUUGGGACCCAGGUUCCCGCUUGGCCGCAGGUUUGCCCAACACCCCCACCCGUCUGGUGUUCUCAGCCCUGGGGCCCACGUCUCUGAAAGUGAGCUGGCAAGAGCCGCAGUGCGAGCGGGCGCUGCAGGGCUACAGCGUGGAGUACCAGCUGCUGAACGGCGGUGAGCUGUAUCGGAUCAACAUCCCCAACCCCGGGCAGACUUCCGUGGUGGUGGAAGACCUUCUGCCCAACCACUCCUAUGUGUUCCGCGUGCGGGCCCAGAGCCAGGAAGGCUGGGGCCCGGAGCGCGAGGGUGUCAUCACCAUUGAGUCGCAGGUGCACCCUCAGAGCCCGCUGUUACCCCUGCCAGGCUCCGCCUUCACCCUGAGCACGCCCAGCGCCCCGGGCCCACUGGUGUUCACGGCCCUGAGCCCAGACUCGCUGCAGCUGAGCUGGGAGCGGCCGCGCAGGCCUGACGGAGACAUCCUGGGCUACAUGGUCACGUGUGAGAUGGCCCACGGAGGAGAGCCAGCCAUUACAUUCCAGGUGGAUGGCGACAGCACUGAGAGCAGGCUGACGGUGCCAGGCCUUCGGGAGAACGUGCCCUACAAGUUCAAGGUGCAGGCCAGGACCACUCAGGGCUUCGGGCCGGAGCGUGAGGGUAUCAUCACCAUUGAGUCCCAGGACGGAGGCCCCUUCCCACAGCUGGGUGGCCUCUCGGGGCUCUACCAGCACCCACUGCCAGGCGAGUACAGCAGCAUCACCACCACCCACACCGGCACCGCCGAGCCCUUCCUGCUGGACGGACUGACCCUGGGGCCCCGGGGUCUGGAGGCAGGCGGCUCCCUCACCCGGCAUGUGACCCAGGAGUUUGUGAGCCAGACGCUGACCACCAGUGGGACCCUCAGCAGCCAGGUCGACCAGCAGUUCUUCCAGACCUGAGCUCCCCGCCGCGACCAGGCGUCCUUGAACCUGGGCCCCCACUGCCCGCCCCCCUCCCCGGUGCUGCCCCAGCUACACCAUCCUUGGACCCCUGGUGGCCCCACCCACCCGCAUGCUGAUCACAGGACCAGUGCCUCUGGGGGUAGGUGCCCUCUGGGGGGCAUGUAGGAGGCAGAGGUCCCAGAAGGCCCUUCUGGCUGCCCCACCCCCAUCCCACCCAAGCGCAUUUGUAACCAAAGAGCCGGGACCAGCAUGACAAGCACCCAGCUUUGUUCUGCACUUAAUAAAAGAGUUUGCUACCGUG